AUGGGGCCUGUGAUUAUGCCUAGGUGGUUGACCACCCUUUUAACCUUCCUUCUCUUACAAAAUGUCCUCGCCAUUGAGGUUAACCCUGAGGAUGAGACGUCCCUUAAAAAUGCCGCCAAGACCGUCGCCACCACUAUGGUCGAUUACUACAAUGCCCGCGACUCGAAAGCGAUUCCCGGAAAAUUCGACGAUACUUGGUGGGAGGGUGGUUCGAUGUUCAUGACCCUCAUUCAGUACUGGUAUUUAACAGGCGACAGCCAGUUCAACGAUGCCAUUCAGGAAGGCAUGUACUGGCAAAAGGGCGACGACAACGACUUCUUCCCAAGCAACUACUCCACGGCGAUAACCGCCGGCGAACUGAACUUCCCCGAAAGAGACGGCGAACCCUCGUGGAUUUCACUGGCCGAGGGUGUCUUCAAUGGACAGAUUCCUCGCUGGGAUAUGACCGCUUGCGGUGGUGGUUUGCGAUGGCAGAUUUGGCCUUACCAGGAUGGAUACAAUUUGAAAAACGCCAUCUCCAACGGCGGCUUGUUCCAGCUUUCAGCGCGUCUGGCACUAUACACCAAGAACGCGACCUAUGCCGAGUGGGCCGAGAAGAUUUGGGAUUGGAGUCACUCCACGCCGCUGUUGAGGAAAACCUGGGUUAUCGCCGAUACCACGACCAACGCUGCGAAUUGCAAGGAUCAUGGUGAUCACCAAUGGACUUACAACUACGCUACGUACAUCAUGGGUGCAGGCUAUAUGCACAACUACACCAAUGGCACCGAAGGCAAAUGGCUCGAAGGCGUGACAGGACUGCUCAAGACAUCUGAACAGUUUUUCCCUAAAUCCGGUGAUCAUCAAAUCAUCUCCGACAUCACCUGCGAGCCGAUCGAUAUGUGCGAUCGCAACCAGAAAACCUUCAAGACCUAUUUCACUUCAUGGAUCGGAUUCAUGUCGCUGGUAGUACCGACCAACGUCACGGCGGAGGUAAUGGGGAAAUUCAAGGCCUCCGCUGUCGCUGCCGGUCAGCAAUGCUCCGGUGGAAGCGACGGGAAGCAUUGUGGAAUUCGCUGGACGAAGAAAUCAGAAUGGGAUGGGACUAUGGGCUUGGAGCAGCAGAUGUCCGUCUUGGGUGUUCUUAACGCUGUCAUGGUCCCAUUCACGGCCGAUGGCCCUUACAAUGCUGACAAUGGUGGAAAGUCCAAAAGUGACCCGCACGGGGGCUUCCAAUCCCGAGGGUAG